AUUACUGCGUACACUGCUGCAGAACUAUAAGAAUCAAAAGAGGACUACUCUCCUGGGUGUGAUCAGUGUGUAAACUAUGGACUAACUUUGCUGCUGUCAGCUGACUUGGAACUGUUCACAGCCUCGAGAGUGUUCAAUGAGAUUUGGUCUUGAAAGAAGCUGUUCAGUAGAGCAACAUGGGAAUCAAGUUCCAGGGCCUUCUGCUUGCUUCUGUUUUGGUUGCUUAUUACAUUUACAGUCCCAUUCCAGAGAAUGUGGAAGAUGGUUGGAGGCUGAUGUUUAUGAAUGCUUUAUUUAGAAGUCUAGGACAUGUGGCUGCAAUUGCUGAGAAGCUGGGUUUUGCCCACUACAUGGACGUUAUGAUGAUGAUUACAACGAUGGAUUAUACACCACCAGUAUCUGAUGAAAAGGUUAUUGUGACAGACACCACAUUUAAUGAUGUUCCAGUUCGCUUGUAUAUCCCUAAAGGGAAGUCUGACUCUUUGAAAAGAGCAGUGAUUUACCUUCAUGGGGGUGGAUGGUGUGUAGGAGGAAAAGGCAUGAAAUCUUAUGACUUUCUGUCAAGAUGGACUUCAGAGAAGUUGAAUGCUGUCGUCGUAUCAGUAGAUUACAGGCUGGCACCUAAAUAUCACUUCCCAACUCAGUUUGAAGACGUGUAUGCAGUAGCAAAGUACUUCCUGCAAAGCAGUGUUCUUGACCAAUACAAGGUAGACUCAAGCAGAGUGUGCAUUGCGGGAGACAGUGCAGGAGGAAAUCUAGCUGCAGCUGUGGCACAGCAGCUUCUUCAUGACCCUGAAGUCAAAGUUAAACUCAAGAUCCAAGCGUUAAUUUACCCUGCCCUUCAGACCAUUGAUCUGGAUUUGCCAUCCUAUAGGGAUAAUGAAAACAUGCCAAUUUUGCCUAAGUCUUUAAUGGUAAGAUUCUGGAGUGAGUAUUUUACAACUGACGCCUCUCUAAGGGAAGCAAUGGAGACCAACCAACAUGUUCCUGCAGAGUCAAGUGAUAUCUUUAAGUUUGUAAACUGGAGUAUCUGGCUGCCUGAAAAGUUUAAAAAGGGCUACGUUUACACCUCUUCAUCACAUGGAAGUUCCAAGGUUGGACAGAAAUACCCAGGACUCCUGGAUCCCAGAGCAGCACCAUUGUUAGUUGACGAGACCAAAUUGCGGGGGUUACCUCUUACCUACAUCAUCACGUGUCAAUAUGAUGUCUUGCGAGACGAUGGACUUAUGUAUGUCUCACGACUUAGGGAGGCAGAAGUUCCAGUGGUACAUGAACAUGUGGAGGGUGCUGUUCAUGGGUCUCUAACAUUUCUUAUGGGCCCAUUCAACUUACCUGUGGGACAGAAGUUGGCAAAUAAUUACAUUGAGUGGCUAAAUGAGAACCUGUGAAGAAAACCAUAUCUGCAGAAUGCCUUUGGCUCUUUUUAUUUGAGUUAAGUUUUAUACUGUUUUCCAAUUAAAGAAAUUACCUUUUAAAAUAUUGUUGAUAUUGCAAAUAUUGGAAAUGAUGGAAUAUUUUUCUCCAUUUGGAUGAUUAAAGAAAAAAACCCUCUUCAA